CCAAACUAUCUCCCAUUUCCCCUCUUCGUGUUAGGCCUAGUGGUGUGUGUGUGGUUCCCCUGGUUCUCUUGCCUAAACCUCUGGAUGAUCUUUUCCUCAGUGGACGACUCUUCUGACCAGCACUUCAGCACCAGCUUCGACCAUCUCUUCGACCAUCACUUUCAGCACCAGCUUUGCCACCAGCUUUGUCUCAGCCGAGGUAGAAAUUGCCGUCAGCCAAGUCUAUUUAGUAGGUUGCCGUUCUGUGCCGAGCUGGUGUGCAUCGUUGACAGCAUGAGGGACUUGUGAAAAGCCUUUGGUCCGUCGGUGGAAAAAACGUCGCACGGUCGGCCGUCAAUUCUUGCACCCCCACCUCCAUUCCAAAGCUACAGCUAAGUGUUCGGCCUGCGGAGCUAAGGGUACUUGUCCAAUCUUACUGUCCCGUGAAUCCUGUCACUCUGUCCCGCGAAACCCAAUCGGUUCCCCAACCGUCCACAUGUCUCGCUCAUUCUCGUCUAUCCGCAUUCACCUUGACAUCGCUCCACGAGAAGUCCACUCCAAGCUCAACACUGGGUCCCGCUCCCGGUCCCGGUCCCGAUUACGCCGGGUCGCCUCGGAACCAGACCUGUCCUGCUCGGUGACGGUAUCUUUCGCUACUGUCACGUCCGUGUCUCCUCUCGGCCCCGUGCGUCAGCCCGUCUGCUCAUCCCCGACGCUCCUGCGGCCAGCUGUAUCCAGCAACGGCGGUAGCGGCACCGCGUCGAGAGCGGACAUCACCGCACGAGCAAAGCCGGCUCGAGGGGGUGGUAGAAGGCAGCGAGGGGGACCAGACCGCGUGCGCCAGCAGCCAUGGUGGUGGGCACAGAGGGGGGGUCAGGUUCUGGUUCAAGCCGCUCGUGCCAGCCGUGGCUCCUCCGGAACAGAUGGUCCCAGCUCUAAGACAGGAGCUCGUCACGGCGUGCCGGCGGCAGCGGUGCUGCAAGCGCAACCAGACGUCUCCGUGUUUGCCGCAGCCGCUGGGGGGAAUGCUUCGGCCACUGCCACUGCCGGCGCUGCAAUCGCAACUGCGGCAGCUUCGGUUGAGUUUCCAGCGUCUGCAGCUGCAGCUGUGUCGACUCGUGCUAAGUCUACCGUCACCUCCUUCUCCUCCUCCUCUUCCCCUUUCAAGGCGUGUUCCGUAUCGUCUUCCGUAGGCGUUGCCUCCCGGGUCUCGUCUCUCCCAGUGGCUGCGUCGGACGACUGCUAUCUGGACGUUCUGCACGACCCGUGGAAAGUCAACGGUAUCGAUCUGCUCGGCCCCAGUUACGCCAUCAGCCAGCACGCGAGAGUGUGUCCGGAUUUCCGCGGCUCGGCAGCUGUCUGGCAGUGUGGCUUGUGUGAGCGGGACGGCAUAGCCGCGACGGCGCCUUCGCAAACGUGGAGUAGAGGAGGCGAUGUGGGGUUGGGAGGGGAGGGAGCGAGACGAGUGGAAGGUGACACUGAAAAUCUAGGUUCGGACCACACUCAACACUCGCGUCCACGCUUCCGCACGACCGUCGAUGAGAAGGAAGGAGCGAUCGUGGCCGCCGCCGAUUCGCGAGAGGACGAAGCAGAGUGGCCGAACAGCAGCUGUAACAGCAGCAGCAGCAGUAACAGCAGCGGCAGCAGCAGCAACGGGCACGGGCACGGGCACGGGCACGGGCACUGGCACGAACACGGGCACGAACACGGGCACGGGCAGGGGCAGGUAUGCGCGGGGAGGGUGGUGAAGGGGAAGGGGCCGGGGCAGUACCUGUUCAUGUCUGACAGCGGCGAGGGCUUCACGAGCGUGGACGUGGGGUGCAACGGCAUGCCCGUCGUCUGCAACUCGCGUGGCUGCCGCCCCGUGCUGCUCAACGACCGCUUCCGCGACUGGAACGGCCGCCUCAAGUCCCUGCCGUGCUGGCCGCUCGACGGCGCCAGGCGCGGGGGGGCUGGCGGAGAUGGAGCGCCGGGAGGGGGCGGGGAGGGGGCGCGCGGGGCGGAGGCGGAGGCGGAGGCGUCGUCAGGGGAUGUCGGAAGGCCGUCGCCGUCGGUGGAAGGAUCGAGUGUUGUGGUGGGAGGAGGGGGGGCGGAAUCGGCGUCAAUAGGCAAGGCGAGGGCGGGUGAUGUUAGAGCGAACGGGUUCGAGCCCCACAGCAGCGAUUACUGGUGGGAGAGCGUGGGGGCCGACGGGGGGCUCGCCGGGGAUUCUUCGCGCGGACUGGGGCAAACCGCCGCGGGCGACGACGAUGACCACCUGCGCGGUUCCCCCUCCCCCACGUUCCUUGGCGCAAGUUCGCCCUGGUUUCCGCCUGCCUUUCCGGGCUCGCCUGAUGUUGCCGCGCCCCAUCUCAGCGCGCGCAGCGCCGGUGUUGCUGCGCCGCAGCCGCAUCUCCGCGUGCCCGUGGUGGUGCCGCCGCUGGUGUCAGUCGGUCGGCAACAUCCGGAAGGACUCAUGGCGGAGGAGCCGGCGGAGCAGAGCAGCCUCCCCGCUUUCGACGGUGGCGGCGGUGGCGGCGGCAGUGGAGAUGGGUCCAGCAUGGGGGUUGGCAGCGGCGGUAAUUACGCCGGUGACAGCAUGGGUGGUGGCAGCACGGCGAGAGAUAUCUUGAUGGACGACCGUCCGAUCUGGGCGCCAUCGUUGAAAGGCGAUCUUAAUGGUGACGCUGCUGUGGUUGGUGGUGGUGGUGAUGGUGGUGGGGGUAGUGGUGCGGCACCAGGAGGGCGAAAAGCUAACGGGCCGGCGAUUCCGUCGCACGGGUCUCCGUUUCCGUCUUAUCGCCCGGGUUCCGCUGCACCCGAGCAGCAGCAGCAGCAGCGGCAGGUGUUCGGGCUUGGGCGGCCGACCUCACCGGAAGAAGCGGGGGCGUGGGGAGUCCGCCUGGGAGAACGCGGGGAGCGCGGGGAGGCUCCUGUGAACAGCGCGGGAGAGAGAGGAUUAUUCCCGUGGAGAAAGCGAAGGGGCGGCGACGAUGAGACGAGCGAGGUCAACGGACGACACGGCAAGAGUCUGGAAAGCGACGGGGGGAGUGCGCGGAUUGUGGCGGAUGGGCGCGGGUAUGGGGAGGGGCGGAGGAGGGAAGGGGGCGUGGGCGUGCGGGAGCAGGUGCAGGGGGAUGCGAGGGAGAAGGAGAGGGAGAGGGAGAGGGAAAGAGAAAGGGAGCAGAUGGAGCGGUUUUACCGUGCGGCGCUGAUGGAACAUCCACAGCAGUCGCUUUUCCUCGGCAACUAUGCCCAGUUCCUCGCUGAAGGCAAGGACUAUGAGCGCGCGGAGGAGGCGUUCAGGCGCGCGGCCGUGGCGAGCCGGGCGGAGGGGGGCGCGGGGGAGGCGGAGGUGCUGGUGGCGUGGGCCAAGGUGGUGUGGGAGGCGGGGAGGGACGCGGAGCGGGCGAUGGCGCUCUUUGAACGCGCCGUUGAGCUGUCGCCUGAUGACUGUUUUGUGCUGGCAGCCUAUGCUAGCUUCCUGUGGUCUGCGGAGAGCGGGCAGGAGCCAGCAGCGACACAGGUGGUGGUUGGCGGAGGGGUGUGCUUGGCGGACUGGGAGGAUGUAGAGGGGCAGCACGGGCAGCAGCAGCAGAGAGGCUAUGAGCAUUUGGCACCAGCUCAGUGUGUUGCUCAGCGCGACGCAUGCCUCGAUGCCCGGCUGUGCUCCUGUCAUGCCACAUCGAGUGUGCCCGACCGCGGCUAUGGUAAUGCAGCAGCGGACAACAAGCCUCCAGCAGACGGGCCCCCGCCCGCUCCAGCGCCAGCCAGCAGGGCCAGCCAAGUGCAGCGAGACAACAAGAGCAGACAAGUGCACGGAGCACAGGGAGUGCACACACAGACAGGGCUGGAAGCAGCACGACCCACACAGCCUCAUGCACCUGUCCAUCAUCAUAACGCCUACAAUGAGGCGGCUAUUGAGUCAACUCAGAAGCCUCAUGGGUCUGCCCAUCAUCGCAAUGCCUGCAACGGCUCUGCUGCCGCAUCGUCCCCAAAGGAGGCUGUGGCUGCUCGAUCCGUGCUUGGAAAUGGCAUAUGCAGUGGUGCUGGUGCUAGUUGUGGUGCUGCUGGUGGUGGUAGUCUCACCAACAUGAGCCAUCAUUCUGCAUGGAUGGACGUAGUGUAAAUGUGAUGCACCGGUAUGGGCCGAAGAAGCAUGCAGCAUUUAGGUCUGUCUAGUUAGGAAGGGGGAAGUUGAUUACCUAUGCCAGUAAGGGAGAUGUUAAUGGUGUAUAAAGCGGAUGAGUCGGA